AUGGCUCCCAGACCAGCGUGGACCGUCACCGCGCGGAUACUGCGAUCCAAGACGAGCUUUGGGAGGCGCACCUUUAUCACAACAACGGUCCGAUUCUCACAGUCGCAGCAAAAAUACUCCAAGGUGUAUAAGGAUGCGGACGACGCUGUUUCAGACGUCAAGAGUGGUUCUACGAUUCUCAGUUCUGGCUUCGGACUAUGCGGAGUCGCCGACACGAUCAUUCAAGCUCUCAACCGCCGUGGAGUCGAAUCACUGCAUUCACUCACCGCGGUAUCCAACAAUGCCGGCAUAGAAGGCCAGGGUGGCUUGUCAACACUCUCCAAGGCCGGACAGGUGGAUAACCUCAUUUUGUCCUAUCUUGGAAACAACAAGGCAUUGGAGAGGAAAUACCUCAGCGGCGAGCUGGCCAUUGAGCUGUGCCCCCAAGGAACUCUUGCUGAAAGAUUGCGAGCCGGAGGCGCAGGCAUUCCGGCUUUUUAUACCCCAACUGGAGCCCACACACUGCUCCAAGAAGGCGAGAUCCCAAUCAGACUCGACUCCUCUGGAAAGGCACUUGAAAAGGGCAAGCGCCGCGAGACCCGAGAGUUCAAUGGGCGAUCAUUCCUGCUGGAGACUGCGCUCACGGGCGACGUUGCCAUUCUGCGAGCCUGGAAAGUCGACAAGGCGGGCAAUUGUGUCUUUAGAUAUACCACAAAGGCGUUUGGGCCGCUGAUGGCCAAGGCAGCCAAGGUCACCAUUGUCGAGGCCGACCACAUUGUUGAAAUCGGCGACAUCGACCCCAACGACGUCGACCUGCCGGGCAUCUUUGUCGACCGCGUCGUGCCCGCCACCGCCGAGAAGAAGAUUGAAAUCCUCAAGCUGCGCGACCCCGAGGCCGACGCCGCGGCCAAGGACGGCGCGCCCAAGAACGGCGCGCAGGAACGACGGAACCGCAUUGGCAAGCGAGCGUCCGAGGAGUUGAAGCAGGGCUACUACGUGAACCUGGGCGUCGGUAUCCCUACCCUGGCGGCCACCUUCAUCCCAGAGGGUCGCACGGUCUGGAUCCAAUCUGAGAACGGAAUCCUUGGCAUGGGCCCAUACCCGACCAAGGACCAGGUCGACCCGGACAUCGUCAAUGCCGGUAAAGAGACGGUCACGCUGGUUCCCGGCGCGGCCGUCUUUGAUUCGUCCGAGUCGUUUGGCAUGAUUCGCGGCGGCCAUGUGGACGUUUCUAUUCUCGGGGCCCUUCAAGUCAGCGCAGACGGCGACCUCGCCAACUUUAUGAUCCCGGGCAAGGUCUUCAAGGGCAUGGGCGGCGCCAUGGAUCUCGUCGCCAACCCCGACAAGACCAAGAUUGUCGUCGCCACCGAGCACGUAGCCAAGAACGGCACCUCCAAGAUUGUGCAGCAGUGCGACCUGCCGCUGACUGGUGCCAGGGUUGUGAGCACCAUCAUUACCGAUCUCUGCGUGUUCCAGGUCGAUCGCGACAAUGGCGGCUUGACCCUGACGGAGCUGGCGCCGGGCGUCGACAUUGAAGAGGUGCGAAGCAAGACGGAUGCCGGGUUUGCCGUGGCCGAGAGCGUGAAGACGAUGGCGUGA